AUGAAGAGAAAUGAAGCUGGUGGUCGGAGGGAGUGGCAGCAUUUGGUGGUCGGAACUCACAACAGCAGCGGUGGCAACAAGUUCUUUAGGUGGGAAAGCGACGGGAGGAGCUGGGUUGCCUCCUUAGCGGUGCGGUAUGACUGGAGAGAGGUAACGAGGGCGGUGAGGUCAUAUAUAGUGGUGAGAGGUGGCGUUGAGCGACUGGGACGGGUGGAACAAGGCUGGCAGUCGACGAGUCUCCUUCUCUCGUCAUCGUUGCAGAUUCAAAGGGGGGAGGGGUGGAUGGAGAAAGGUGGGAAAAGCAGUGGUGGUGCUGUGACAGGCGAAAAGGUGGUGGAUGUUCACGGUGGUCACCACAGCAACACCACCGGUGUCAAAGCCACUGGUGCUCCAUUCUUUAAGGCAGCAAAAUGGCUGGCAUCGGAGAAGUCCUCGCCGGUGUCGGAAAAACGAGGGUUUGAGUAUGUUUAA